GAACAAAGUAGUCGUUCUUCGAAGAGUUAUCGUUUAUAUUUGAACAAGAUAAUCAUUAUUCAAACCGUUACACUUACGUAUUGUCCGUUUGAUCGGCUUGAGGUGCUUAGCCACGCAUUUAUGGGACAUGGACGGUUUUCCAUGGUAAAAUAUUCCAUCAGAUUUCAAUGUUGGCGAAACAUCGGUUAGAUAAUAAUCGAGAGGCGGUGGCUCAGGAAACUAGAAACGUGACAGGAAAAAGAAGAAAAAAAAGAAUCGUUUCGCACGUGGAAAAUUUACUGGAAUAAAAUUACCGAUUAAAUUUAUACGGAUGUAUAAAUGACAUAAUCGAGACGAUUAUUCACUGAAGUUUUACAAGAACUAGAAGGAAUUUGGCCUGUCAUCGCGUAUAGAUAAAGAUAACCAUAUCUCGAUUGUAUCGAGAUGACAUCGUUGUUUAGACGCGCGAAACGUGAACGAGGGAAUAGCUGCUCCUCCUCCCCCCCGUUCCGGUUUCGACUUCUCGUCACCGCAUCAUCUCGCAACGCUUGAUCAAUCGAAAGUUUGAACGAGGGAGUUUGCAGGAGGGAGAGAUCGAAACCAGUUCUCCAAGGUUCUCGCGUGUAACCGCCACGACUAAUCGAUAACCCGAUCGAUCUUGCGGGCGAAAUCGAAUCCUAUGGCAAACAUCACGGAACUACCUUUAACCUAAUUGUCAGGAUUCCAAAAAAAUUCGAAGUGUUAAUCGAAAUCAUUUUUAAUCGAUGGAAAUUUUACGUAAAUCACGUAUUUUAUCCCUCGUUUUCAAAGAAUUCUGAUGUCGCCAUCGAGCCGAACAACAGGUUGCAUUAAUGGAGCGUGGUCAACGUGGUUCGAACAAGAAGGCCUCGAAAGAAAUCAAGGAGAAAACGGACGUGGUGGCGAUACCGGAGUUCGGUAGCCGUGAAGUGAUCGCGUUCGAAAACAAGGAGCAAUACCUCUUCCUGUUGGAAUUCUUCAUUCACCACAUGACCAGUGAGCGUUUAGCGAAACUCAAUCAAAUGUUCUUUGUCCCAACCACGAUAUCCGUCGAGUUUCUCAAUUUCACCGGGAGGGAGGGUAUCGAGAUAACCCCGGUGGACCCGAUGUUCCACCCCCAAGCGGGGAUAGCGGACGACAUCGAGUAUUUCUUUUCCGGUCGUUCCGUGAUGUUCGCCAUCGAUCAGUACAACGUGAUCAACAAACUCUUCGACCUGAUCAUCAAGGUAUGCGUGCAGAAGAAAAUGCCGGAGGGUGUGAAACCGGACGUGCUUGUGGGUAGCGGGGAGUUGGACCUUACCAAACAUUUCGCCGCGUUGAGGAAAGAAAUGCUUCAAUGCUGGCACAAAAUGGCGCCACCGCCCAAAGUGUUCGAGGGCGAGGUGCCCCUGAUCUACAACGACAACGUGAUCGGGGCCGUGUGCAUGUACGUCAGGGUAUCCGCGUUCGGGCAAACGAUCGUCACCGAGUUCGAGGCGCCACCGGAACGAACAGUCUCCUCGUACAUCUUCAAAGGCGACGAGUGCAACGAGAAAUCGGUGGCCUACAAGUGUCGUAUCAUCGAUUCCCAGAUCAUGGACGUUUGCAGGGAUUCGAAGGACGAGCUGUUGAAAAACGGCCCGCCUUGCCGCGUUUGCAUCAAGGAGCAACACCCUUGCACACCUUGCGGGGACCCGACGGGGGCGACGUUGAAGCCGAACGUGAGCCGGAAGGGGAUGGAAUCGAAGCCCCCGAGCGGCUUGCUGACGGCGUCCCGGUCGAAGCCUGAAACUUGCGCGGACGUGCACAAGACGGGCCUGAUACAAUCGAGUCGCGGGCCUGUUCAACCGUGCGGGAAGGCGGUCGUUCUGAAGGUGUCCGGGAUCCUGGACACCGGCCAGGACAAGAAGCCGACGGUCACCGUGGCGGCCGAAUCGGAUGCCCCUGGCCCGGAUACGUCCGAUCCCGAUCACGACGUGUUCGUGCUCCGAAUCGGGAAGAAAGGGAUCGUCGGGGUUGGGGAGAAGUCUGACAUACAAUUGGAGAUGAAGACGCCGAAAGGGCCGGAAAGGGGGCCCCCGAUCAGAUGCGAGACGAGGGAGAUGCAGACGGAAGAGAAGAAGGUGAAAAAGAAGGCGAAGCCGAAGGAGAAGAAGGAGAAGAAGAAGAAGUGAAUAGGUGUGGAUCGUUUUAAGAAAUUUCUUUUCCUUCGAUUGGAUUUCCGAUGAAUGAUAUUGAUCUCAUUGUUGCGUGUAUAUUUGUAUUUUAUAUUUAUAUCUAUAUUGAUUUAUUGAUCGAAUUAUUAAAAUGAUUGUUGAAAUU